AUGCCUGUCCUAGAAAAAAACAUGCAGAAGAAAGAGAAAGACACAUGCAGUAAAGAUGAGACAGUAAUGCCAAAACUUCCAGUCCCACCACUGCAACAGACCUUACGCAUGUACUUACAGUGCAUGAAACACUUGGUGCCAGAGGAGCAAUUUAGAAAGACCGAGGUCAUCGUGGAACAGUUUGGAAUUGCAGGAGGUGUGGGAGAAUCCUUGCAGCAAAUCCUCGAGGAAAGAAGGGAAAAGACAACUAACUGGGUGUUUAACUACUGGCUGGAUGACAUGUACCUCAACAACCGGCUAGCUCUUCCAGUCAAUUCCAGCCCAGCAAUAAUCUUUGCUCGUCAGUAUUUCAAGGAUGUAAAUGACCAGCUGAGGUUUGCUGCCAAUCUCAUUUCAGGAGUGCAAGACUAUAAAGCCUUACUGGACACCCAUGCUUUACCUGUUGAUUUUGCUCGUGGACAGCUGUCUGGUCAUCCUCUCUGUAUGAAGCAAUACUAUGGACUCUUUUCUUCCUAUCGUCUUCCAGGACAUACCAAAGAUACCCUCGUGGCCCAGAAAAGCAGCGUAAUGCCAGAACCAGAGCACAUCAUUGUUGCUUGUAACAAUCAGUUUUUUGUUUUGGAUGUUGUCAUUAAUUUCCGUCGUCUCAGUGAGGGAGAUCUUUUCACUCAGUUACGAAAGAUAGCCAAAAUGGCAGAGAAUGAAGAGGAAAUGCUGCCUCCAAUUGGCCUGCUGACAACAGACGGAAGAACAGAGUGGGCAGAGGCCAGGACGAUCCUUAUGAAAGACUCUACUAACCGCGACUCUCUUGACAUGAUUGAACGGUGCAUAUGCCUGGUGUGCCUGGACGGCACAAGUGGGGUGGAACUCAGUGAUACAAACAUGGCAUUGCAACUGCUACAUGGAGGAGGCUACCAUAAAAACGGGGCCAAUCGUUGGUAUGACAAACCUAUGCAGUUUGUAGUAGGAAGAGAUGGAGUCUGCGGUACCGUGUGUGAACAUUCUCCUUUUGAUGGCAUCGUACUGGUGCAGUGCACGGAACACUUGCUCAAGCACAUGAAAGAAAGCUCCAAGAAAUUAGUCCGAGCUGAUUCAGUGAGUGAGCUUCCUGCUCCACGGAGACUAAGAUGGAAAUGUUCCCCUGAAAUUCAGGCACAUCUGGCAUCAUCAGCAGAAAAGCUCCAAAGGAUAGUAAAAAAUCUGGACUUUAUUGCCUACAAGUUUGAGAACUAUGGAAAGGAAUUUAUUAAGAAACAAAAGAUUAGUCCAGAUGCCUACAUUCAAGUCGCACUUCAGCUGGCAUUUUACAGAUGCCACAGGAGACUUGUCCCUACCUACGAAAGUGCUUCCAUACGCCGAUUUGAUGAGGGUAGAGUCGACAAUAUUAGGUCUGCUACCUCAGAAGCAUUUGCUUUUGUAAAAGCAAUGAUUGAUGACAAGACAGCUCUAUCGGAUUCUGAGAAGAUGCAGAGAUUUAAGGAUGCAAUUGCAGCUCAGACUAAUUACACUCUUCUGGCUAUUACUGGAAUGGCAAUAGACAAUCAUCUGCUAGGGCUCAGAGAGGUGGCACGGGAACACUUCAAGGAACUGCCAGAGAUAUUUACAGAUGAGACAUAUUUGACAAGCAAUCGAUUCAUCCUCUCAACCAGCCAGGUUCCAACUACUAUGGAAAUGUUCUGCUGCUAUGGGCCUGUGGUGCCUAAUGGUUAUGGGGCAUGUUAUAACCCCCAGCCAGAGCAUAUAUUAUUCUGCAUCUCAAGCUUCAAAGACUGUAAAGAAACCUCCUCAGACAUGUUUGCAAAAGCUGUGGAAGAAAGUCUCCUAGAAAUGAGAGAUAUGUGCAGCAAAUGCAACUCUACUACUGCAAAGCCACUUGCAAAACAAGAAGCAGCCACACAGCUACAGAGUGACCGCAAACUCUAAGAGGCUGUGGGAAUUAUUCUCCUGACUCCAUCUUACGAAGAAACAAUGACAUAGUUGUUCAAAGGCAAGACAGUACUAGUAAUACAUAUUAGUGUAGAACCAAAAUGUCAUUUGUUUUACAUUGUUGCCAACAUU